AUGUAUCUCCCCGACUACCCCUUUCCCCGCCGCUCACUCUGUCCCCCCGAUGCACCCGAAUGCGGCCCCGGGCCCACCAUCGGCAUCGCCGCCGACCCCGAUAAAUUCCCGCCCACCACUGGCACGCCCAUCUCACCGGGGCCCGCCAUACAGAGCGCCAACGCCGCGCGCGAACUGAACCUCCUGGGCACGACGCGGAAUCUGGCCGCUGUCCUCCUCACAGCGGGCCUGCUCAUCAUUGCACUGGCUAUCUACAUUGCAUUCGGGAGGUGGCCGAGGAAGAAGAUUGAGGCGUGGAAGCGGCGUCGACAUUUCACUCGCAUGGAGGAAGAGAGACGACGCGAGCUCGCGAGCAGACCGGGUGAGGGAGAGAAGGAAGUCCCGCAGCUACCGAGGUCGGACUCAAACCCGGAGGAGGAUAAACUUGUAUCCCCAUGA